AAAAUAUACCCAGAUGAGCAGACACCCAGGCAAAGAUGACAUAAUUUCAAAUGAGAUGCAUACCUGCCAACUGUAACUAUUUGCGAGGGAUUUCCCCCAUGGAAGCUCCCAAAUGGAAAUUUUGAAAGAGCAAUUUUGCCCACAAUUUUAAACACAAUGGUUUAUUUUACAAAGACUACAGGCUUUAAAAGAGUGAGUUCAGUUCUAAACAGGGAUACUAAACAGUUUGGUAAAAAGUAUUUGGUAGAUGAAGAGGAUGAUACAUGUUGGAAUUCAGAUCAGGGAUCACCACAGUGGAUAGCAGUUGAGUUUGAUCAAGAAGAGAUUAUUACAGAAAUCAGAAUUAAAUUUCAAGGAGGCUUUGCUGGACGAAAAUGUUGUGCAGAAUCAUUAGACACAUCAGAAAAAAUAAUAGAAUUUUAUCCAGAUGAUGUAAACUCAUUACAAAGCUUUAAACUAGAUAAACCUCAGCCUGUGAAAAAAAUAAAAGUGAUAUUCAACAAUAGCACAGACUUCUUUGGUAGAAUAACUAUAUACCAGUUUGAUAUUUUAGGAGAAGGAUAAUAAAAUUGUUGUAAUGUUUAA